AUGUGGCACCGCUUCGGAUUGUUUCUCUCUCUUCUCAUUGGAGCUCCUCUGGCUUUGGCUUCUCACACUGCGCAUCUCACCAUGAUGGUAACCAAGGAGUCUUCGAGCACUCCGACCACUUCAGGUUCCAUGCCAAUGGCAGGACCUAUAUCGACGGCCGAUGCAGGACCUGUUUCGGCACCGGCCGAUCCAGGAACUGUCUCGGCUGCCGACAUUAAAGACUCCACUUCGUCUGACAAACUUGUUACUUCUAACCCGUCAUCUAGCGGCAGCUGGCACAUGUCGCCCGUGACGGUCGUCCAGGCUCGUAUUCAAGGUGACGCUCCUGUAUGGAACAAAGACGCCAAGAUGUGGCUGUCUAAGUUCGGUGACACGGCCGAGCUUGCUUAUAUGAACAACUUGGACACUGUCAACACGGCGUCGGUCGAAGGAGCUUUGAUGUUUGUACAGGCGGAAGGAAUUAACGUGAACGAACAGUCAGUCAAGUGUGAACGUAAGAACAAGAUGCAUUACGUGGUCUUUUACGAGGUGAUGAUCGCUCAACCAGCGUACGGCAUCAAAUAUUACGAGAACCACACGCCCCCUGAGUAUGGCAAGUUUGUGGCUAUGGACAGUGCCAAAUGUACAGACGAGAACAGCGAUCUGCCGGUGGAUUGUAAGGUCUACUACGGACUGGACGGCGAGCCUGACAUUGGUCCAAUGGUGGGCAGCAACCUACAGACAUCGGACCUUCGUGCACCGUACCGUAACAACUUCUGGUUCUCGUACCCAAGCUCGUGCGCACAGAAGGUGCGUGAGGAGAAGACGGACGAGUGUCGUGCUGAGUAUCCUGGUGGACUGUGUCCUAUGGGCGUCAAGCCUGAUGGUGACAAGUGCACGUUCAGCUACAAGAUCCUGGGUUAUCUGAACAUUGACGAUCUGGUUGGGAUCACUGAGAUGGGCUACAGUAGUUACAAGGAGUUUUGUGAGGACGGAGGGGUGGAGUUCAAGGCCACGAACACCGGUAGCGGCUUCAAAGUGGAGGAGUCGAUCGACUUUUGGAAGAAGCCGGGGGAUGAAGACGCCAACUCAAACCGCACGAGGUCCAUGGUAGAACUGUACAAUAAGCUGGUGAGCAAAGACACGAGCUCUAAUAUGGAAUCACUUCCGACGAUUAAGAAGCUGACAGCGGCGAACCCCAAGUGUUACGAAAACAGCAAAGCGUGCGCGACCUCCCAGUACGGCUGCAGCCGUACAUUGUAUUCGCAGAUCUGCUCGGUGUGCAACUCGUCAAGCAAUGGCUGUGAGGUUGCUCCCUCUACGUUCUCGUUCCCAGAGCUGAAGCUGCCAGCCAAAUCCGAUGGCUCUUCAGGCCCGGGAACUUCUGGUUCAUCAAGCAGCUCUGUGACGGCUUCAUUGACGUCGGUUCUCGUGGCCGUUUUUAUCACCAGCCUGCUGUAA